CCAGGGAGCCAGCAGUGUAUUGUGACUAUAAGCUGCGACAGUGGAUGGACUGGCAUACCUGAUGUUCGCUUUGAUGAGGCAGGAACUUUGGGAGAUGAUGGAGGAGGGGGUGAUGAUGAAGAUGGUAUAUCCUUCCUUCAGCUAUUUGCUGUAAGUAUUGUCUUAACUUGUAGGGUUGAGCAUAAGAUAUUAUUUAUAAAUAAUACAGAAAUUAGUUUUCCUUCAGAAUGAUCUGUAACAUAACUUAACAGCUUAAAAAAUACACUGUGAAUCAUGCGAAAAAACUCUGUCACUUGAAAAAGAUUCUGAGACGGAAUCGAAAGCUUGUGUAUGCUAAUAACUUUUCUAUGCUGGAGUUUGAAACCUCCAUUUGCUCUAAAUGUCAUUAUGACAGGUUUAAGCAACUCUUUCUGGGCUAUUGUAUUAAUGUAAAUUUUGUGGACUCAUUUUCUAGGAUUCAAAAGUAGCAUUAGAGAAGGAUGAUGACCGUCAGGUUCUCAAGUCAUUUCUGUACAAGUUUCACCUUAAGAAUGGUGAUCACUCCUUAGCAGAGUGGAGAGCUGUGUUACAGGGUGGCCAGCUUUAUGUAGAAGUGCCAGAAGGAGAACUUCCUGUGGGAAGUAAAGAAUGGUAAUUAUUGUGCCUCGUAAACAUAGUUCAAGUUCUGAAUCCGUCAAACAAUUACUGGUAAAAGGAGAAAGAGAUAGCUUGGUUUACUACAUGAUACGUGGGUACUCAUUUGCUCAAUGUAUAAGCUUUGCCCAUGCGUCUCUGAUCAUCACUAUUUUCUAUAAGGCCGACACCUAGAGUUGGUCCCUGUCUUAUUUUAAACAUUUUCAUUGCCUUUAUUUUAAGAAGACUCCUCCCUGGAAAGAGGGACAAUAUUUUAUUGGUGCCAUUCCCAACAGUGUCUGUCUGAGAGCUGAUUGUAUGUAUCCCUGAAGAGAGAGUGCAUACCUAAUCUGAAAUAUGCUUUGUGAAUUUCAACAACAACUUUUCUUGCGUAGUCUCAAAAUACACCAAAGAGCAAUACAGUUAAACUAUUAUGCAAAUUCACUGAGAUGAUAAUUAUCCCAGCGAACUUGCAUAAUAAAUUGAAAAUUUUGCAUAAUACAUGUUAUAAUACCCAUAAUUAUUAUGGGUAUUAUAACAUGUAUAAUCUGUACUUUACCUUGAAAAUAGCAUCAGAAUGACCUCAAAAAGUCCUGGCCCCGGUUGUUCAAAUGUUGGAUAGUGCUAUCCACUGGAUAAAUCACUAUCCAGCGGAUUAGUAUUGGGGAAACUUAUUGCACUAUCCACGGGAUAGUGAUUUAUCCAGUGGAUAGCGCUAUCCAGCCUUUGAACAACUGAGGCCUGGUAUAAUUAUCAUCUGUGUAUUUCUAACUUGUUAGUGAUUAGUCUUUAAAUGCAACAAAAUGCCGUAUUUGCACCAGAAAGUAUGGAAAUUUCAGUUGGAAAUGAUGUGGAAUGGAAUGUUAUUGUUAUAACUUGACUAAUUAUACACUUUCCUAGCUAGUCAUUUCCAAGGCUCCGUUGUAGAGUACAGGAUGCCAGCCAGUAUAUAAGGAGUCAUUCUCAUCUCCAGAGCUGUGAUCCUUUUAUCCAGUGCCACAGUUUGAGCUCUUGCUAGUUCCAAACCAGAAAGUCCACAAAAUUUUGACUUCUAGCUUUCUGCGCAACCUCAGAAAAAUUUUUAAACGAAAACGGUUUGAAACAGUUACAACAAUGGCAGUUAUUGUGCUUGUGUGUCCUCCUAGAACCAGUCAGAGCUCUCAAUCCAUGGUGCUGGUCAAAAGGAUUGUAGCUCUAGGGAUGAGAAUGAUGAAGUGUAUGAAGAGAUUUCCUAGUCGUCCAAGAGCAAACUGUAAGUCACCCGUGUUUCUCAAGCCAUGUCUUGGGUUCCCGGGUACCUAUCCAUAAAUAGAUUAACAGUUAAAAAUAUAUAUAUUUUUACUUCAGCUUUGUUUCACUGCUUGAGUAUGCGGAGGAAAAUCUCAGCUGUGAGCAUGUGUUUGUUGGCCUUCUCAAGGACAGAGCAGACAGAGGUAUGGUACCCUAUAUUAAAUGUUUUGUUACUUUAUUUUCUCUUUUCUUUACCAUAUAUAAUAAUAAACCUUAAUAAUAUGAGCUGUGCUUUGUUCUUAAGAUUUUUUUUCACAGCGCAGUUUCACUUUGAUUCUUUUUCUGCAUUUGUUUAGAAACCCUGAUGCGAACCUUUAUGUUCUUGGGCUUUGAGACAGUGAGACCAAAUCACAAGAUGUGCCCAGACAAUUCAGGUUACAUCUUCAUGGCUUACACUGUGGAACAGCAAUUAUGUGUCUAA